CCAAGGCGCGGGGCUGACUGUGUCUAGGUUCCAGGGCCGUGGGAACGUGCCAUGGGUCGCAACUUGCUUGGCUCAUUUUCCUGGGGUUGAGGGAUAUCUGCUGUUUCUUCCGCCAAAUGACAUUUUAACGCCUUUCCAGUUCCUCUUGGACAAAUGUUGUCAAAUUUCAAAAAAAAAUUAUUUCUUUACAUCUUUAUUUUUGAGACUAUCCGGAACCCGGCGUUAAUGAAGAAACCUGAUGCAGACACUAGCAUAGAUUUGUUUGAAAAUGGAGGUGCAGCCAUGUUCAAAGUCGUGUCUUUUGACACACCAUCUGGAGUAGUGCUUGCAGUUACGUUUGCGAGCAAAGUGAAGAGUAACUACAAAAUUGACUGGAAGGCUGUGCAGCAUGAAAAUAAGGAAAAGGUGCACGUAGAAGAUAUUGAACAAUGCAAGGAUAAACUAUGGUGCAAUGUGCCUGGAGCUCCUUAUAAUUAUAUUGAAGUCAUUCUACAAAACCUUGAUGGCAAAAGAAAAUUUAUUAAGACUGUUAAUAUUGAACCUCUUGAGUAUCGAGGAUUUCAUCCUGCAGCUAUCAACGAGAAAAAUGGCUGUGAUACUCAUCCAUGCAUGAACAAUGGAAAAUGUAUUGUAGAACCGGAGGGUACACGAGGAUACAUAUGCAUUUGCUUGUCAGGAUAUUCUGGAGAGAACUGUCAAUAUUCCACUCACAGAAAUACUCCUGCAUCUUCAUUUCUAACUUCUGGAUGCAUUGUAGUACUGUUUCUCCUAAUUGUUAUAGCUUUCCUUAUCUACUUGCAUUUUUUCAGGGGAAGGAAGCAUAAUGCCACAGAAAAACAAACAAGAAAUCGAAAGCCACGUUCAAAGUCAUCAUCCAAAGGUCCUAAGCCCAAAUCUUCACAGCCUUCAGAUUCCAGUUAUGAUGAUACUGAAUUUCCUACAGAAAAUGUACAGAAACAAUUAUAUUAGCUAUCUAUUAAGUAUAUUUGUAAAAUUAACAAAAUUUAAGGGCACUUGGUGUUUUUCCUUAAUCUUGCAAGAACUUUCUUCAGUUGAAUAUUAUGUGAAAUGCCAAGCCCUUUGCAUUAAGUUUCAUUUGAGUGUAUUGGUGAGUAAGAAAAAUAGAGCGAAGCGCUCAGCACAAACUUUAUCAAUA